AUGGGCACCAUUUAUUUAAAACAGAAAAAACCGGUUAAUCCGAACCACUCAAAGAAGAAAGCAGUGAUCGAAGAAGAAUCGAAAAAAGAAAACAGCGAGCCAGUUGGCGAAAUAGCUGUCAAUGACAUCCCAGACGAAGUAAAACCAUUUAUUGAUCGACGCGUACUUCCACGGAGAAGUGCCCGCAACGCUGCGAUAAGUAAUCUCAAGGAACUUACUUCAUCACCACUAAAACUUCAAAGCGGAAGGCGAAAGCGCGAUGAGAAACAGGCGAACAAAAAGAAGAGUUCGGAUGCCACGGAUCCGGAUGCUAAAACUGAAAGAAAAGUCAAGGGAAGUGAAAGCGAAAUUGAGGAUGAGGGUGGUGGUGGCGGUGGUGGUAGCGAUGAUGUCGAUAAUAACGACAGUGAUGACGCUGAUGAUACAGAUGAUUUUGUGCUGGCCGAAGAAUCAUCAACAUCCUCGGAUGAUGAAUUUAUGCCGCUUUCUGAGCUGAGAAAAAAAACCAAAAGAGCGAGUCGCAGACGAAGAAAGAAGGAACGUAUCAGAAAAGAGCUUUCCGAAUUGGAGGAAUCGGACGAUGCUGGCAGUGAUGUGGAGCAGAGGAAAACGAAAAAAGAACGCAAGAAAGCAACGGAGGAAACGCUGUGUAUGAAAUGCGGCAAAAGCACAAAUCCCGAAGUGUUGUUGCUUUGUGAUUUGUGCGAUGAAGCAUGGCAUACGUGGUGCCUGCAUCCGAUGCUGUGGUUCGUGCCCGACGAUGAUUGGUUCUGUCCGAAUUGCCACCAGGCCAUGUUAAUCCAGAAAUUCUCAGAAGUGCUCAUUACACUUGCUGAACAACUGAAACGAAAAGCUGUCGAAGACAAAAAGUACCUUUUUUUCCUGUUAGAUCCAGGUAUCUUGGACUUGAUUUAA